UUUUCAAAAUAGCCUAACUGAAUGACGUCAGGAAAGAUUUAAUGGUGGCAACAACAUUAGAAACUUGAAGAAGCAUUAUUUUCUGUCGAAUAUGUAGACCCAGCGAGUCAUGUGGAGGUGGAUAUGUGGGAUUCCACGAGCGUUACGGCAGCACCUGCAUAAUAAGAGACCCUACACCACCGCCUGUCUCGACGAAGAGCAGAACAAGAAAGACCAAAACAGAGUUUGUCACGCCACAAGAAAAAAUAAUUUCCAUGGUAACCAUAGAAAUGACCAGGGAGGGGAGAGGGAGUGGUGGAAUAGCAAGCCUCGAUGGAAUUGCUUCACUUCUUCGGACACACUAGGAGUCUUGGGAUUGGGUGCAGUUGUAUAUCUUAGCCUUCAGAUUUCAAGAUGUCACCAAAAACUUACAGAGAGGAAGGAGAAACCUGUGCAUGCAAGGAAUUGUCUUCUGUCCCAGAUAUCACAAAUUGUAUACUGUCUGCCGGCCACUGCAAGGAGGCUUGGGGACCAGAAAGGACUGCUCCAAGAUAGUGGAAAGGCACCGAUAGAGGGGGAAAACAAAGAUGAUCCACUGACAAAAGUAAUGAACGACUUUGAAAAUGUGGUACAGAAGUAUGUGGCAAUAGCUAAAAAUAUUCAAGCCCAACGCAAAGCUAAAACAGGGGAGAUGACUGAGGCAGUAAGCAUGUGGAAAGAGGCUAGCGAUAUGGGACACUCCCGAUCACAGUUUAACCUUGGCCUCAGCUACGAGACAGGUCAAGGGGUCACAAAGGAUGUAAGAAAGGCUGCAAAGUAUUACAAGUUAGCAGCAGCAGAAAAUCACCCACAGGCCAUGUAUAAUCUGGCACUCAUGUACCAGGAGGGGGAAGGGGUGUCACAGAACGAGGACAAAGCCAUCAGUCUUAUGGAGAGAGCAGCUGAACUUGGACUAGCUCAGGCUCAGACAUACCUUGGUGUCCAUUAUACAGAGCCAGAUUCUCAGGACUAUGGCAAGGCAGUGUCAAAAUUCAGUGAAGCUGCAAAACAAGAGUAUCCAGAGGCUCAGUACUUCCUGGGAGUUUGCUAUGAGCAGGGAUGGGGUGUAGAAGUCAAUGAAUGCAAGGCGGCCCAUUUAUAUUCCCAGGCAGCUCAGUCAGGACAUGAUGGAGCUCUCUAUAAUCUAGCAGUGUUUCAGGAAUAUGGAGUAGGAGGAUUACCAGAAGAUAUGCUGUCUGCAGAAGAGCUCUACAGAAAAUCUGCCAAACUGGGAAACAAAAUGGCUGAAGAUAAAGUGAUGGAAAUUGAAGCAAAGAAAGUGGUUAAACCAUGGAAGGGAGACUAUCCUAGCUGUAAAAUGGAUGAAUUCCUCUCUGAUUUAGAUCACUUCUCAGGUCAAAAUGAAAAUAUCAGGGAAUCCCCAGUAAGAGAAGAUCCAAGACCAAUCAUUCAUAAAGAACAAACGUCAGAAUUAAAGGGAGGUAAUUCCAAGAAUUCUUUCCACCUGUCUUCCUCAUCUCCAUCUCUGACAGAGUAUGUCCGCCAACAUCUGUCUCAGCUACAAAUCGGAACAGCCCCUGGUCUUCUGCCUGUUCUCUCCUCCCAGGACAUGGGGGGAGUAUGGAACCCUCAGUUUGGGAGCCCCAGAAUCUCCUCUCCAGUGGCUGCCCCCUCCCCUGUAGUGUUUACGUUGGGAGAUGAAGACGAGGAGCUGAUGACUGUUAAUAGCCUCAGUACAACACAGACAGACAUACAGUUCCACAUCCUGGAGAAAAAUCAUCACUUCUGCUCCAUGAUACAGAAGAACUCCACCAUGCCUGAUCUUCAGAGUCAGGCUGUAUCCUGUGUUUGAUGACUUCUUACUUUUGUAAAAUGAUUUAGAAUUUUCAUAGAAGGAAUUUUUUCGAUAUAUCAAAUGACAGUUAAUAUGCUUCUGUUUGCUUUUAUCUGAUAAUAUGUACAUAGUCAUUUUAGUUUGAUAAGAAGACAAUUUUGCUUCAAAGCUUAACCAUUAUAUAUAUAUUUUAAAUUUUUUGAAAACAGUUUUUGCAUAUUUUUUAUUUCUUCAUACAGUACCCAUUAUAUUUUUGGCAAUUUUAUAUUGUGGCACAUCUAUAAGAUUAUUCUAAAGAUCCAUUGAAUUUUUGUUAUGUCAUAAAUGGCUUUAUUGUGUUUAAACGAUUCUCAAGCAUGUUUAAGGCUUAAAUUUAAGAUUUUUUUUUCUUCCAUUACAGCAAUAAUUUCUCUAUAAACUGUAUUGAUUGAUGUGUGUAGAGGUAGAAUUUUUGAAAUACCCGGUAAUCUAUAGAUAUUUCUUUACAGAUUACUAAUUUAAAAAAUGUAUGUUAAAAUUCUCAGAAGAGACCAGUGUGCCAAUGUUAACUUCAUAGACAGCUUUAUAUAGACAAGUCAUAUGGUAUUCUAUUUUUAUUUUUUAUUAACCUAAAUAUUUGAUAUUGAUUUAUUUCAUCAUCAAUUAGAGAAGAUAUUAUUAUGUUAAUUCAAACAUGAUUUUGAAUUCCAACUCAGACCUUAGAAACCAUACGUUACAGUUCAGGUUAUAAUUUGUUAUAAUUUGUCAUUUUUACAAUUUUGUUAUUCACAAAACUCAGUUUAUCACUGAUCAUUCUACAAAUACAUGUCAUUUAAGUAAUACUCCCUUCAUUGUAGAGAGAAAGUUACCGUACAGAAUGUUGACCGUGUUUUAACAAGUUUGUGUUCAGUUGUUUUGUUUUUUAGAGUGCAAGCAUUUAUUUGGUGCAUUACCAUAUAUGAUAUCCAUUUGUUUCACUAAAUGUGCUGUUAACAAUGUGUUCUGUACAAGCACAAUAAACCUCACCAAGCAAUGUAAUAACAUUAAACAGAGCUUUGUUUUGUUUUUGUUUUCCUAGAGAGGGGAUAAGUAAAUGUUUGUGUAAGAACAUAUAAAUGUACAUUUGUAUGUACAGUAGAAUUUGUAAAUAAAAGCAUCAGUUUUGUGUA